AUGAGCCAUAAGGUUUCCUUUGAAGCUCUUGACACGGCACUUCACGAUCUGAGACACAACGCCAGGCUUAUGGGAAGAGCCACAGUCUUGCUUGCAGGAGACUUUAGACAAACCUUUCCCGUCGUUUUAAAGGGGAUAAGAAGUGAUGAGAUAAAUGCCAGCAUAAAGUCGUCUUACCUAUGGAGCAGUGUGCAAAAGCUGAGACUCACAACUAACAUGAGACUGCAGCUCAAUGGUGAUGAUGCAAAUAGAACCUUUUCAAAGCAACUGUUGGACGUCGGUAAUGGCACUUCGGUUGGCGAGAAGGAUGGCCGGGUAAACUUGCCUUUUGGACAUAUGGUAUCUGAUUUAAAGGUACUAAUGAAUAAGGUGUUUCCUUACCUGGGGAAUCAGUUUACAGAUUACAACUGGCUGAAAACCCGCGCCAUUUUAGUUCCAAAGAAUGUGGCGGUUGAUGAUUUGAGCGUCAAACUUCUGGAACAGUUGCCAGGUGAGCAUCACAUCUACAAUUCUAUUGACACUGUACUCAACAUCGAUGAGGCUGUGAAUUAUCCAGUUGAAUUCUUGAAUUGUCUAACACCACCCGGCCUCUCACCUCAAGAAUGGGGAACCAGUUAUGCUGCUUCGAAAUCUCGAUUCACCAGAGCUUUGCAAUGGCACACGACUUAUAAUAAAGAAGAUGAUGCUAACAGUCAUGGAGACAACAAUUUUGACUGGUAA